AUGGCUGUCCCGUUCCGGAUUCUUUCUCGCUGUAAAGAUGGUUUUAUGCUUGGAAAUGUCAGAUUUCAGUCUCAGUAUACUGAGACUAGAAAAAACUUAAUACUCACAAAAGAAACUAAAGUCAUAGUGCAGGGUUUUACUGGCAAACAAGGAACAUUCCAUAGUCAACAGGCACUUGAUUAUGGAACUAAUGUUGUUGGUGGUGUAUCACCAAAAAAAGCUGGAACAGAACAUCUGGGUAAGCCAGUCUUUGCAACUGUGAAAGAGGCAAAAGAGAAAACUGGUGCACAAGCAUCUGUCAUCUAUGUACCACCUCCAGCUGCAGCUGGAGCCAUUAUGGAAUCAAUUGAAGCUGAAGUUCCUUUGGUUGUGUGCAUCACAGAAGGAGUACCUCAACAUGAUAUGGUACGUGUGAAGCAUGCCCUACUCCGACAGAACAAGACCAGGCUGGUAGGCCCUAACUGUCCUGGUAUAAUAGCACCUGAGAAGUGCAAGAUUGGUAUCAUGCCAGCAGCUGUGCAUAAGUCUGGAUGUAUCGGAGUUGUUUCCCGAUCUGGUACACUUACCUAUGAGGCUGUACAUCAGACAACAAUAACUGGCUUGGGCCAAACACUAUGUGUUGGUAUUGGUGGUGAUCCUUUCAAUGGAACAGACUUCAUUGAUUGCUUAGAAGUGUUUCUUGCUGAUCCUAACACCAAGGGAAUCAUUCUUAUUGGAGAGAUUGGUGGUAAUGCAGAAGAGUUAGCAUCAGAAUAUCUUAUCCAGAACAACACCGGUCAAAAGGCUAAGCCAGUGGUAUCAUUCAUUGCUGGUUUGACAGCACCUCCUGGUAGACGCAUGGGUCACGCUGGGGCAAUCAUAUCAGGUGGCAAGGGAGGUGCCAUGGACAAAAUUAAAGCUUUAGAGAAAGCAAAUGUUAUCGUCACUCGCUCUCCUGCGAAAAUGGGUGCCGAGUUGUUAAAAGAAAUGAAGCGAUUGGAACUUGUUUAA